AUGCCAGACAACCAUAACACCCUUCCUCUCGUCACGCACCUCAUCGGUGCAGCAUCCAUUGUCGCGCUGACUUUUGGAGUAGAUCAUGCCCGUGAGCGAGUUAUGCGAUUCCUGCGCCAGGCGUACAAGAAGCAUACCGAACACGCCGCUGCUGCAAUGCCGGAUGGAGUACUCCCAGAGGCCACAUUCUACGAUGCUUGUCUUCACAUUCCGGGACUCAACGAUCCAGGACACGUUUGGGUUACGUUCUGGGAGGGGCUGAACUUGCAUUACGCGGAUCCGUACUGGAUCAACAUCCAGUCCUCGCCGGGUGAGGUGCUUCUCGUCCAACAUUACCUACUCGCCGUCAAUACGGUUCGCCCCGACUUGGUCAUUGCUUCUCACUUGUGGAUCCCCUACAAGAAUACGCAGCGCUCCGAACAAGAGCUAGAGCAGACGUGUAUGCUUCCGCUGUACUUUACGGGCCCAGACAACGGUGUAGGCGUUCCUCUUUCGACAGAUGAACAAGGCCUUUCGCAUCUCUCCAACGCACCCACUGGUUUCAAGAGGCAGACCGUCUACGUUCGCCUACAUCUGCAUGGUUAUGAAGCUCGACAGAAACAAAUUCGCCUUCGUAAUGGAACGGCAAGCCCCAAUGCAUCCACCCGCCACUUAGCGCGUCAGAUCUUACUAGCAGUCAGGGAUCUGAUCACGAACGCGGUGAUUGACGUCGAGUCGGCCACAGUGCGUCAAUGGGUGUUCGGAAGUGGAGAAGGACAAAUCAGCCUCGACGACAUCAUGCUCCUAGGGUUCGUUCACAUCUCCCAAGGCAAGAUCACACCACUUUUGGGACUGCGUGAGAGCUUCCAACUGCCGCCUCAGACUUUGGAUCUUUCGACCGGCGCGGAGUAG